AUGUUCUCAGUCCAUGAGCCUUUCAGGUUCUCGAAAAAACUGUGUGGAGCCGCGUAUUUGGAAGUUUGCCGGAAAGUAAUUGUGGACGAUCUGCAGUUGGCCCGUGCCGCAGUACCGUGCUUCCCUCCAGAUUAUCAAAUUUAUGACAGAUUUGUUCAUAUGUAUCACAACUGUGUGUGCAAAAGGCUUCGCGAGAUCGCAUCAGAGCGUUUAGAAAAGAGUGAGCUUGUUCAACUACUUAGUUGGAUUCAAACUUAUGGGUGA